UUCUUAAUUCAUAAAUUCUAAAACAUGGCACAUAUUUAGUUUUGAAAUAUUUAAUUUGAUAUUUUCAUAUCACAAGGUUUAAACGUUUAUGAACUGCAGUAACACUCUGGUAAUAAAUUGACUCACUAGCUAGGUGGCGCAAUUUAUUAGUUUUACAGUUUGAAAGGCUUUUUCGUAAAAUAAUUUAUUCCGUAAUUUAAAUAACAAAAAACGGAAAAGACAGGUGACGUUUGGAAAAUUAUUGCAAAUGCUUUGAAUCCGACGAAUAAAUGUAUUUAUCCGUAACUCAACAGAAACAAUAAUAAAGGCAUAAAUAUUUAAGGAAUUGUGAGGAAAACGGAUUCCCUAAAUGAUCACGUCGUUUGUCAGAAUCACAUUAAACAGACCCUUAUCCGAAUACCGACGCGUCUCUCUCGAGCACAGCGUCGAGCUCGCGCUUUCCGUGCAGUCCUGACUUUAUCACGCCACAUGAUUCCGGGAUUACCGUCUUAUCUCAACUAACUAGCAAUGUUCCCACGGCUCCGCACUGCAAGAUAUCCUGUUAUCAUCCACUUGUCUUAUUUAUGGAAGCCUGUUUUGAAGUAAUGUUGAGUAGCGUAUAUGAGUGACAGAGAACGCUCGUGCUUGGUCACAAGGGUCGUUCAUUAAAUAGAUCAAGCAAUAUUUCCAAAGUUAUUACUGAGGGAAUGUUGUUUUCUGUCACCAGCAAAAACAAAUACAAACGGAGUCGCGCGGUGAAAGAGAGAGAGGACAGAGCGCUCGCCUAGUUACCUCCUUUCGACCUCCUCAACUUUUAACCCCGCAGCGCGCAGCCGUCGCGCGCUGUGAUGUUGACGGACAGUUGCUGAUUAUUUACCGAACAGUUUGGAGUCUGAGCAUAAAUUCUGCACCAGAUAUUUCACCGUAGUUAAACUCAAACGGGGAUAUGGCGAAUUUAGAGUUCGGAUCUCAACAGUCAAGAUCCGGCGGCGAUUCUCCAGCGAUGGAGUUCGAGAAGGAUGGAGAUUUUGGACAUCACGGUCGGUGCAAAACCGGGUCGCCGCCACUGCAAACUCAGCUCUCCCAACAGGGUAUGGAGGGAAUUAAAGUUUAUUUGCACGAGCGAGAUCUGUGGGCGAAAUUUCAUGAUGUCACCACGGAGAUGAUAAUCACCAAAGCUGGCCGACGAAUGUUUCCCAGCUACAAAGUGAAGGUAGCAGGCUUAAACCCCAAAGCAAAAUAUAUCUUACUGAUGGACAUUAUUUCAGCCGACGAGCAUCGGUAUAAGUUUGCAGAUAACAAAUGGUCCAUCAGUGGUAAAGCUGAGCCGGCCAUUCCAGGCCGACUGUAUGUGCACCCAGACUCUCCGGCUUCAGGAGCUCACUGGAUGAGACAGCUCAUCUCCUUCCAGAAACUCAAACUCACCAACAACCACAUGGACCCUUUUGGACAUAUCAUUUUAAAUUCCAUGCAUAAAUACCUGCCUCGCCUGCACAUUGUGAAGGCAGAUGAGAGGAACAGUUUUGGCUCCAGCAAUACAAGUUUCUGCACACACUCAUUUCCUGAGACAACCUUCAUCGCUGUAACUUCCUACCAGAACCACACAAUCACUCAGCUGAAGAUUGAGAAUAAUCCAUUUGCUAAAGGUUUCCGUGGAAAUGACGAUAUCGAAUUGCAUCGCAUGUCCCGUACACCAAGUAAGGAGUAUCCGCUUGUACCACGUAGUACAGCAAGGCAACAUGUAUCUUCACCCUCUUCUGACUCCUGUCUCUCUCGGUCAGAAUAUACCUUCACACAAAAACCCAGUCCUGGCUACACCUGCUCUGACAUUUCAGGUGACCACAACCUCACUGAAACCCCUCCCACUCAUGACCCCACCUACCACCUCUUCACCUACCAGCUCUCUCCGGAGGUGACCCCUGUGCACAGCGCCCCCUGCAGUAUGGACACCACACAGCACCAGCCUUGCAUGUAUGGAAGCUCUCAGGUGGGCUUGGAGGACCUCAGGUGGGCGUCGUAUACAGACAGCACAACUUACCAAAGCUUUUCUUCAGCUAAAGAAAUGGGUGGGACAUUUGGUCCCUCCACUGACCUCUCUCAGGAACUGUAUCCACAAUACACCUGUGAGGUGGGUGUCCAGUCACAGUGCCUGAUGACUGAUUUCUCGCUUUAUGCUUGCAAUCGAUCAUUCAGCCAAAACCAACAACCAAACAGCUGGUGCGGGGGGAGCUGAGCAAGUGUGUCUGAUGUGUGUGUGUGUUUGUGAGAGAGAGAGAGAGAGAGAGAGAGAGAGAGAGAGAAGGAAAAGAAGGAAAAAGAGUCUGUGAAUAAUUGUGGUAAUGUACUCAUAACUUUAUCCUGAAAUCACAAGUUUGCAUCUGUUUUGCUUCACAGUUUCUACCUUGUUGUGAAUGAGAUCAGCAGAUCAGUUCUGCUAUAUCAUCAAAAUAAUAAAUAACAAUAAAAUUCAACAAAUUGCAAUAUAGUAGCUGCAAUUGUUAUUUCACAUAUUGGUAUAAAUAUUUCUAUAUAUUCGGUUACAUUUUUAUAAUUUUAUAUACUUUUUAUAAUAAUAUGAUAUAUUUGCUCAUGCAUUUUGUCAUCAACAUCUAAAUAAAUAAGAUAUUAAUAAAUAAAAAAUAAAGUUUCCAGUUAUAACCAAACUGGGUUUUACAGCCCGAAGAACCUUUUUUUUAAACACUUUUAACACUGAUGUGAAGAACUUAUGACACAUCAACAACAAAGAACCAAUAUAAUGCAACAUAUGCAAGCAUAUAUCUAUAGCUUUAUUUUAACAACAAAGAUGUGACAUCAAGAAAGUUUUUUAUUUUUAGUUCACAGCCAAUGUGAAGCAAGUGGAAACUAAUGGGCUUUCAGGAUAAAAAAUGAGAGAUUUUCAUUUAAAAUAGACAAACAAAACAUUCAGUUUCCUCUUACCUGAACACAGUGAUGAACCUUUGCAUGUCCCUUGCGUCUUAAAUGAUAUGUGUGUGAGAUUUUGUGUACAUGUGUAUCAAAUAUCUUCUGGUAAAAAUGUGUGAAUCUCUGUUACCAUUACCGCAGGAAUUGUUUUAUUUCAUCAAGAAAGAACUACAGCAGGAAUCAAAAAAAUUAGGAAAAAGUUAAGGAGGUGGCUUGUUUCAUUGCCGCCAUUAUCUGUGAAGAUUUAGGGAGAAUUCCCUUUUUACUAUUUCAUUUAGGAAUGCUGUUGUACAAACACUUACAAACCCAAAUGCAAGAUUUAAAACUCUCAAACCUCCUAUCCAGCUGAACACGUACAUGUGCUAGCUUCAGAUGGGGGUCCUUUAUUUUGUUUAUUCUUGCUCUAUUAUGAUGAGAAAAGGGAAUGCUGGGUACUGCACGUGUCACAGUCCGUUAAGGGAGCAGUGAUGUUACCAAUCCUGUCAUGGCCCAAGGCAAGAGACAGAGAGAGAGACAGAGAGGAGGGGAGGCAUCAGCUGGACAUUUAUUUAUAGACACACCAUGCAAUAAGAAUUUCAUGAGUGAAAUAUGGUCAUUUUAAAGAAAGUUUUGAAUGUUGUGAAAUACUUGCUUUGAUUAUUUAUAAUAAACUAUUUAUUAAUUUUGAGUUCACAAA